UGACCCUUCAAAUUACUUUGAAAAAAUGAAUAUCUUUAUUUUAUGCAUGAUAAUGUCAUAAUCGGUUCUUCAGAGAUGAAAUGAAACAUGUUAUUUGAUAUGUAGAUUACAGGCACGUGGCUUAAGAUCCUUUCUGUGGAACAAUGUCAACUAUGGAAUCAAAAGCCUCGGAACAACGUUUGAAAAUUAAUUUUCAUAAUGAUUUUUCACCACGUAGCAAUAUACCUGUUGGAUUAAAUGCAGAUGCAAAUUCAAAUAGUGGAACUAAUGAUCUGUCUAAUCCUUCACAAAAUGUACAAGAUACAGACGUUGUUAGUGAGCCUUAUCUGCCGCCUCUACCCAAAAAUAAACCUUCAUAUCCAAGGACAUUAGGUAUUGAAGAACAGAGUGUCUUUGAUACAAGUCAGCCUCGUGCAAUAAACCGAAAUGCAGCAAUACAGAAUGAUCCAUUAUCAGAUCUUGACCCAUUUGAGUUCAAUACAUCUUCCACUGGUAAAACAGAGAAAAACAAGAAUAUUUCUCAAUGUCUAGAUUCUGAUUUGAACUUGGAAUUCCCACCAAGGCCUCCUAGGACUAUUAGUCCAAAAUCCCCAGUGGGGCCUCCAAGGAUGGGAAUAGCGGCAGCUAGUAGUCCGACGAAAUCUAGAUCUAACAUGUCACCAAUGAACUCCAUGAAGUUAAAUGACUCAGAUAUCCAAAAGGGGUCUCCAAAUGAUAUUACAGACAUUGAUCUAAGUCUUCCUAAACCCCAAAGUGCCCCCAGGCCUCCUACUAUUGGAUCAGAGCUAAAACACCCUGUGGGGCCUCUUGUAGGUCCAACAUCACCUCUUGAUACAGAAUAUGGGAUUUUAUCUGAAUGUACAACUUCACACCCAAGUGGCAACAUUGACUCUCCUUUACCUCCCAAUCCUGCACAUAGAACAAUAUCAAUGUCUGAGAUAUUUACUCCACAGCAUAAACCCCCUAAAGAGCCUCAGCUCCCUAUGGAUAUCCCAUCACAUAUGAGCACCCCUUAUGGUGGCAACUUAGACGAUUACAAUCGCUCACUCAGGAAAAAUAAACCACGGUCUAAAACAGAUCAUUAUAGGGUAUCACAACGGGAACCCGAAGGCGAACCUACAAGACCUCAGAGACCAGGUAAACAUGUUGAUCAUGGGGUCACUGAAGGAACGAAUCAAUUGGAAUUUAAUCAAGCUAUGCAUGAUUUCCGAGCAAUGUUUCCUAAUAUGGAUGAAGAAGUUAUUGAGGCGGUUUUACGUGCAAACAAUGGUGCUGUUGAUGAAACAAUUGAUCAGUUGUUGACAAUGAAUGUUGAUUUUGAUGCCACAGAUAGUGUGCCUCAUACUGCUAUUUUAGAGGAUGUUCCACCACAGACUGUUGAAGAGCCCAAGCCGCUACCCCCUAGCUAUGACACUUAUCUCCAUGAGUCACGCCCCACAAGAAAGUCUCGAUCUGGGUUUAACUCUCAGACACGUCAUGAACAAACACGUCAUGAAGGGACUCCCCAAACACUUGGUUCAUCCCCAAAAUAUCACAAUAUUUCAACGCACGAUCCAAAGUCACAUGUCAUAGAUUCCUCUCAUAAUAUUGACCAGGAAUCAUCCGAUUGGACACCUGUAAAGGGAGUAUCAAAACAAACUGGUGCUAGGCCAAAAAAUACAAACAUUGCACGUACACGGAGUUCAAAAUCAAAGUCCCAGAAUUCAACACCCCGUGCCCACGGGGAUGUCACUCCAGCUCAGUCAUGUCUACAUAGUCACCUGCAGAGUACGCCCAGGGGGAAAUCACAUGUCAGUACCCCUUUUCCUCUCCCUCCCCAGGUUGAUGUUGAUACCCCACCAUCAACAAUAAAACAUACUCAUCACACACCCAAUUCUCAUCACAAGUCACAAUCCCCAAGAUCAAGUACAAAGAAGCCACCAAAAGAUGUCAAAUUCAGAAAUUGGAACCCACCAAUGCUUGGCGCAUUACCAGCUGAUUUUCUCCGUAUCAUAGCAAGCCCUGCACAACACCAUCUGGUGGAAGUUAGUUAUGAAGACGCAACUCCAAGACCAGUGGUCCCACCUGCACAGCCAUCGCCUGAAGUUUUGUCCAAAACGCGGCAGAAACUAGCGAGUUACUCUUCAUCAGAUUUGAAUCGUAAAAUUAUCCAAGCCAAAAUUGCUGAAAAUGAACGUAUGAGAGCAACAACAAAUAUUGACCCUGAAUAUGCCAAAUUCUUGGAUGAUGAGAGAUUUGCAUUGUUGAUGCAGAAUGAAGAAUUUUUAGCAGAAUUGAGGCAGGACCAAGAUUUUAUGAAAACUUUGGAAAGUGAGGGAUUGAAUGCCACUGCCUUUGAGAGACAAGACUCCAGAGAUCAUGAAGCAGAGCCAGCAGAACCAGUUCUCACCAGGAAGAAAAAAUCUCGGAAAACACGAACAAAAGAUAAAGAAAAGGAUAAAGAACGAGAAAAGGAAAAACAAGAGAAAGAACAAGAACCUGCAAAAGAUACAGUGUUUGCCAAUGCAGGUGUGUUAAGCACUGAUCCUAUGGACAACAUGUAUGAAGGCUAUGGAGAGGACAACUUGACGUCAAUUGGAGCUUUUCCAUACAGUAAGAAGAUGGCGAGAGAUGAGGCAGGUUCCGUGAAAAAGCAGUAUGAUGCUACCAUGGAAACAGAUUCCUUUAAAGAGCCCCAUAUACAACACAAUGGGUCAUCAGACAAUAUAGAUGGAGACACUACAAUGGCACAAGGCUAUGGUACAGAAGGACAGGUGAAUAUGGGGGCAUUCCCAUAUAGUAAAGAUGUCGCCACUGAUGAGAAUGAAGAAUUGAAAAAACAGCUGAAACAUAUGGGUGGAUCAUCCCGACGAAAACUAACAGCCCUAGCUAGGAAGUUUAUGUCAAAGAAAAAGAAGAAACUCGGCAAACAUCCCCUGGAGUCACGUCCCUCCACUAUUAACCUCCUGGAUGCUGAAGAGGAAGAUACAUCCCCAGAGAGAGAGUUAAGUCCAAAUAUGGAUGACGUAGAACUGACACCUGGGAGUCAAAUUUUGAGUGUUCCUACGCAAAAGACACCCCAACGAAAUCCUGAUCCUCCUAAAACAUUGUCCACCUCACACCAGCUGGAUGAUCUUCAGAAGUUUGACAUUGAUGCAAUGGAAAAGUUACAUAAUGUGUAAUGUCAUGAAAUUAGAAUAUCUAAAUAGUGUUAUUGUAAAGAUUUGCCCUGGAUAAACUUUCAAAUGAUAUUAGUUUGGCUUACGCCCUUAAAACAUUGGAAACUAUUUCUUAUACAUUAUUUAUGUAACUCAUGUAUACCUCUCCUAAAGAUGUUUUAUCUAAACGAAAUGGAUAUUUAAAGUAGUUGAUAUCAAUCUUUUGAGGAUGUGAAAAACUUGAGACAUGAAUCAUGGGAAGUCACCUCUUUUAUAUGGAUCAACUUAUUGAGGUUAAUAUGGUAUGACAGUUUAAUAAACACUUAUUACCAAAGAGACAUUGAAGACACAAGAAUUUGUGCUGCAGUUCAGCAUGUUGACCUACUUUUGUAGCUACUAUUUUAUGGACUAUUUGUUUGGAGGAAGGAUAUACGUUAUGAAUUGUGAAGUAGUGCUAGUGAUUUUGGUCACAUUGACGUUCAGUAUUAUCAUGUUACUCUAUUAUUUAUUUAAUUGUUAUUACGAUAUGUCUAUGUACUAAAUGUAUACACAGGUUGUUAUUAAUCAUUAAGCACUCAUCCAAGAAUUGUUUUUCCAUGUUGAAGCAAAAUGACUGAGGAUUUCCAGAUUCUGGAAAAAAUGCAGAAUUUGACUUUUCAUGCAGAAUUUGCAAUUUCUGUGUAUUAAAAUAUUGAAGUUUAGUGAAAUCUCAAAAUGCAUACACAAUUUCACCUCAAGUUCUUUUGAAAGUUUCUCAAAACUCUUACUCAGGUGAACCACUGGAAUCAAAAAUUGCAUUUUUCAUAAUCGGAAGUUGCAUUCUUCAUGCAGAAGUUGCAUUUUUCAAUGUAGAAGCUGCAUUUUUUCCAUGCAAAAAACAGAAAUGUGUCCACACAAAUCUACUCAGUUAAUCAGUAAAUGUACCAGAUAUGAUUUAUAAAUGUAUUUGAUUUAUUAUAUUUCUUACUCAUUGUGCAAUUGGUUCUCAUUUUAAAAGGUUGUGCUCCUGUGUGUACUCAGUUCAGAAAUUGGAGGACAAAUUUUAUACAUAUUUAUUGAACAACCCUUGUACAGGUUCAUGUAUAUUCUACACACUGUAAAAUCCAAAAUUGUGUGCUAUCGGCUUACACUAUAUGUUUAUUUGGUAAUGUACACAUAUUGAACAAUACUUGUGUAUGCCUCCUUAAAUCAUCAUUAGUCAUUUCAUAUAUUGAACUUGGCUUGAAAAGCUUUGGUAAAAGCUUGACUUAAUAGACUUGUAUGGUACAAGAAGUGGACUAACUGGUUUGAAAUAGUUUUAGGAUUGGUUUGCAUAUGAAACAUCAAAGGGUAUCCAUUCAGAAACUUAUUGGAGAUUUUCAUUAAAAGUUAACUUUCUCUUGAAAGCCCAUGGCCAAACCAAUCCUAAUCUU